AACGCAUUAUUUUGAUUUGAUUUGACAAAAAAAAUGUGUUCCAAAAGUGAUUAGUUCCGUGGUUUAGGGUUUAAGUUUUGCUAUUUUUUGGUAAUAACUGAUCAAACUAAAUAUAAAUUUAGUUCGACGCUUAUGUGAAAAGUUGUUGCAAUGGCAAGUAGCUCUGAAAUUACCCCAACUCAGCUUCAGCCUGUAUUCAAGGAGAUAGUCGAAAAUGUUUUCAACCGCUGGACAGCUCUCCGAUUGGCAGUGGAACAUGGGAUGGGUGGACCGCUAGGUCUGAAUACGGCAAUAGAAAUUAUAGAUUAUAUUACCUGUUAUUGUACAGAAAACAAAAAUGUUGAUUCCUAUGAUCUGAGGGAAGUAAUGGAGGAGAUAAUGGACCAAGAGUUUCAAACUAUUUGCGAAGAUGAGUCCGUCGAUGAAAUCAGCGCGAUUCUAAUAAAAUAUCUCAACCUGCUAAAGCAAAACAAGGAAGAUAUAGUGAGAAUGGAGCUGUCUCGCAUGGGUCCAUGCCAGGUUUGGAUCAAAUCGGGCAAUAGCAUAAAGAUGCAAAUUAUGGACGAUAGCAGCGAAACCGAUGACGAUGACAUGGAUCAGGAUAACGACAUGGAUAUGGAUGCAGCGCCCAUGGCAAGAUCAUCGUCAGACACGGUUCCCUCCCCCAGUAUGCAAGGGUCAACGACAGAGUUCCUAGAAGAAGAUAUUGAUCCGGGAUGGACUCAGGUUCGUGGUAGGAGGAGACGAUAAAACUGAAGUAUAAUUUGAGGCUAUGAAACAGCAA